AUGCUCGUGGCCGCGCUGAGGCACAUGCUGCGCCGCGUCCUCGCCGGCCUCCGCGCGCUGCACCCGCGCCCGCGCAGACGCCGGCAGGGCGGUGCUGGUGGUGGCGCUGGCGCUGCUGCCGGUGCCGGAGCGGCGACGGUGCCCAAGGCGCGCGUGACCGUGCGCCGGCUGGGCAGCAACGGCGGGAGCAGGAAGGCCGGCACCCCGCGCGGCGGUGCUGAUGGGUCGGCGCCGGGGGAGGGACGGCAGCCGGUGACCAUCCGCGUGGCGACGUUCAACGCGGCGCUGUUCUCCAUGGCGCCCGCGGUGGCCGCAGUCCCUGAAGCGGGAGCGGAGCGCGAGGCCGCGCGCCGGAGCGGCGCCGGCACGGGCACGGGGGGGCGGCCGCGGCCCAAGGGGAUCCUGAAGGCGCAGGCGAGCCUGCUGUCGCGGGCGCCGAGCAAGGCGCGCGUGUCCAUCAACCUGCAGGACAACGAGAUCUCCCUGGACCGGAGCGGGCGGCUGGUCGGCAGCCCGAGGGCCCGGAAGCCGCAUCAGGUGAUCGCGGGCGGGCUGGACGCGAGCCGGCGGCGGAGCGUGGAGGAGGUGCUGCGGGAGACGGGCGCCGACAUCAUCGGGCUGCAGAACGUGCGCGCCGAGGAGGAGCGCGGGAUGCGGCCGCUGUCGGAGCUGGCGGGCGCGCUGGGCAUGCGGUACGUGUUCGCCGAGAGCUGGGCGCCCGAGUACGGCAACGCCGUGCUCUCCCGCUGGCCCAUCAAGCGCUGGAAGGCGCUCCGCGUCGCCGACCAGUCCGACUUCAGGAACGUGCUGAGGGCCACGAUCGAGGUGCCGCGGGCCGGGGAGGUGAACUUCCACUGCACGCACCUGGACCACCUCGACGAGAGCUGGCGGAUGAAGCAGGUGGACGCCAUGCUCCGCUCCGUCGACGGCCCCCACAUCCUCGCCGGCGGCCUCAACGCGCUCGACGGCACCGACUACUCCGCCGACAGAUGGGCCGACAUCGUCAAGUACUACGAGGAGAUCGGCAAGCCGACGCCCAAGGUGGAGGUGAUGAAGUACCUCAAGGGGAAGCAGUACGUGGACGCCAAGGAUUUCGCCGGAGAGUGCGAGGCCGUGGUGGUCGUGGCCAAAGGCCAGGACGUGCAAGGGACGUGCAAGUACGGCACGAGGGUGGACUACAUUCUGGCGUCGCCGAACUCCCCCUACAAGUUCGUGCCGGGUUCCUACACGGUCGUCUCCUCCAAGGGGACGUCGGACCACCACAUCGUGAGGGUCGACGUCGCGAUAGUGCCGGACACCAGGGACGCGGACGAGCAGGCCGCCGGGGGCCGGAAGCAGAGGGUGGUGAAGAUGAGCAAGAAGGGGCCCAGAAAAGGGAUAUGGGCGGCUAAAUGA